AUGAACGACGUCAAGCUCCUUUACCGAACCACCCAGUUUCCCAGUCGGAAACCUCGAGAAACGACGACGGUGGCGACUGGCAAUUUCACCAGUUUUUCGGCAUUGUUUCUGACGACUCUGGCGACAGUUUCUUCAAAUAAGGUACUCGGGCUCAAGCAGACCCGCAGGAGCGACCCUCAAAGGGCCCAGCUAGCUCGGACGCUCAUUGAAUAUGCUAAAAGGAUAUGGAAAGUACCCAAGGUUGCCUUCGGAAUAAAUGUUGCCUCGGUUAUAAAUGUUGUCUUCAGAAUAAAAAUUGUUGCCUUCAGUAUAGUCAGCGCGCUUGACUUUUGCCCCACGGGUCUUAGGGAUAUCUGGACCGUGGGAACGAGGAAUGCGGAUCAAGUUGACCAAAUGGCUCCUGAGUCCAGCGAUGAUUGCGGCUCGGGUUACUUUGUGUUUCCCGAGGCCUGCGAGGACGUGUAG